AUGGGGAACGCGCAGGGCAAUGAGUUUCCGGGCCCACGGCCAGGUUGUCAGGACCAAGACCCUGAUUGUGAGGAGUUUGCUGCCAUGAAAGAAUGUGAAAACAAUCCUUCAUAUAUGGAGGUGUCUUGUGCUCGCACCUGUGGUACAUGUGUGCCUGAAUCAUCAGUGACAGGUUGUGAAGAUGAGCGAGAAGACUGCAGCGCUUGGGGGGAACAGGGACAAUGUGAAGCGAACCCAGCCUUCAUGAAUGUUAACUGCCCCAACACUUGCAAAACCUGUCCACCGUCACGUCCUGAAGACUGCGUGGACCGUCACGAGUAUUGCUUCUUGGGCUCACUGCUGGGACUGUGCCGCAUUCGACCCUCAUUCUACCUCAUCUUCUGUGGUGAUUCCUGCAGGAAAUUCAUACCUGCGUGUGGAACAGUUCCAAGCAGUACUGUGAGGGAUCUUUGCAACAAACAAGCCCGAGGAAUAGACAUUGACUGCGGGCGAGAUCCGGGCCCUGCCGUGGUCGGGGCUCCAAGUUCGAGAAGGAAAAGGGCCAACGGAAUGUCGGUCGAUGCGAAGAGUAGAGAGCAGAACGACACACUGUCCGAUCGUUUCAAGGGAUUGGAUGAAUCAGAUGAAUGGAGCAAUAGCGAACUUAAAAACUCGGAUGAACAAUUUCAUACAGCAAAAUCCUGGGCGCGUGUGUUUCCUACAUCAACACUAUUUGAUAAAAUCUACCAAUUGCUCAAAGAAACUAUAAGUUUCAACCUCGGGCACGAAUCUGCAGUGGAAUGGAAAAAUAUAAUCAGAAAGGAUGAGUUCCUUCCGGAAUUAAACGAAAAUAUGCCUUUAGCUGCAGCAGUAAAUUGUCUCAAAGGUAAAUUGUGUAACUUCGGCGAAAAUGCUAGAGAUAAAGGAUUAUCAGUUUCCGGAGACAGUCAAGGCAAGUUAAACGAGGAGUUAGCAACCCCGAUGCCCUUUGAUAAUUCUCCGCAGAAGAGGCUCAAAAGACAGCUUUCUUACCUAGAAGACGAAACUACCAAUGAUACUCUCUGCGCAGUGAGUUUCCCUGUGAAUAUCCCACUUCCCCUUCCAGCGGCAUAUAGAAUAGUGUAUGUGCGUAUAAAUGUGUGCACCUUCAUCAUAGGCCUUAUACCUAUCUUUAUCAAGGAGAUCAUGCCAGACCCGGAAACAUCCGAAGAGACCACCACUACCGUAAUUCCCCCUCCAGUUAUCACAUUCCCUACGCCUCCUUCAACCUCCACUUCUUCAACCACAACCACCACUUCUCCCUCCACUGCGCCUACCACUCCCCUGACCCCCACUCCCUUGCCGCUGCCGAGUGUCGAGGCCCGAGUGAGAGCCGUCAUCCCCUUCUGCACUGGAGCCGGGUACCUGAGCCUGGUCCAGCGAUUGCAGAGGCUCGUCAACCGUAACAAUGGGCGUCCCCUUAGUCCAGUGGCUGCUUUGCUUGCAAGUGGUAUUAAUUACUGCAAGUAUGGCCUGGGUACACCCGAGAAUACAGUGGGCAAGGUUCCAGAUGCUCCGUUAAGCUUCCAGAUUCCUGCAGGCCUCCAGAUUAUAUUGAACGAUAAUGAGGCACAAACUUCUUCAUCUCCUCCCAAGCGCUGGCCAGGCAUUAGCCACCCGGCCCUAUACCUUUAUCAGGGAAACAAUACACCUCCUCCACCUGUGCAGCCGAUCCCUCGCCCGCUUCCUAUUGUCCCCACGGUUGUGAUCUUGAAUGACACAGUUAUUUCCAAUACAACAACGCUUGGUUCAGGGAUGCCCGAUGGUGCCGGGAGUGAAGGAACCGCUCCGGAGGCUGGCGAUGGUGAUGCAGGACCCGAUAAACCCGAUCAAGGCUUUGGUGAAGAUGAAAACGGCGACGGUGUUAUGAUAGAGUCGGGCGAAAAUAAGGAAGAAGAUACAUCGGAUGAAGAGGAAAACUCGGGGCCUCAGCCAGUAACAGAAACAACAUUAAAAAACCGCAGUUCUUUCUCGUGUGGCGGAGCACUUAUAUCUCCCUAUCACAUCCUAACUGCCGCUCACUGCCUAUUGAGCGAGCGCGUCUCUGAGGACGGUGCACCAAGAUUUCUCAAACCAUCAGUAGUAAGACUGGGUGAAGUGGAUUUCGAGCGCGUGGAUGAGAGUCAAGCCUUUGACUACGAGGUAGAGGCCAUCCAGGUUCAUGAAGAAUAUGCCCUUCCCGCCAGGUACAACGACAUUGCAAUCAUCACGUUAAAAUAUGAGGUGGAGUUUACCUCGGCGUUGCGUCCGUAUUGUUUGCCCAAAGAGACAUUGCAGCUAGACGGUCGAGUGUGCACUGUGUCAGGCUGGGGCAGGAUCCCUGGUGAGACAGCAUCAACAGUGCUUCACGAGCUAAAUGUCGAGGUAGUGUCCCAAAGUGAGUGCAGUGAGGCAUACUUCGGCGACGCCCAGACAAAUCUGUUUUUCCAAGCAGAUUACCCUGAAGGCAUAACGAACAGGUUGCUGUGUGCCGGAAAAAUCAACGAUGUGUGCAGAGGUGAUUCUGGUGGUCCAUUGGUGCUGAACGAAGGUGGAAUUAUGCAGGAGGUGGGCGUGGUUAGUACAGGGUAUGGGUGUGGGGAGGCUAGAUUUCCUAGCAUCUAUACCCGCGUGGACCAAUAUACCCAGUGGAUUACAAAUGAACUCUUUAGCGGAUGUACGUAACAACAGCUUGAGCACAUACACAUAGAUAGAUAGUUGUCUGUGUCGCGCGCGCGCGUGUGUGUGUGUGUGUGUGUGUGUGUGUUUGUGUGUGUGUGUGUGAUCCGCUAGCACUGCCAUCAUUUGCUAAUUUAUUUUUGUUACAGUUAUUUCUUGUUUUAUAUUUUUUAUAGUAAUAUGAUUUCAACAGUUCUUUUUAUCUAAACUUUGUGUUAUUUUAUAUAAACCUUAUAUCCCCAGCUUUAGUUCUAUGUAAAGCGUGAUAUAGGGUUAAAAAAAGUACAGAUUCAUUGUUUUUGUAAAGCUUUUUGAACUCUGACAUUCUGCUACUUUCCAAUAAAACCGAGUAUGUC